UGAGGUCUGAAGUUAAAAUCAGUGAGUUGCCAAGAGGCGACUGGACUUUUCAGGAGAAGUGAUGUAUGUAUGUAAAUUUAGGUAUUGUGUACAAAAUGAAAUUAAUUUCUGAGGGAAAACUGCUUCAAGAAAUAUUAUUAAUUUACUUGUCCGUGGUAAUAACAGAAUUUAGAAAGCAUGGCUAGUUCAUCUUGGUAAAGAGAGUUUAUCCUCUCCUGUAUCACAGUGGCUGGUGUCAGGGAGUGGCUGCAUCAGGACCACUCUCUGUGUCUAAUGGUCACAUGUUGAUGCUGUUGUGCGCACGCUGCGCAUCAGAGACACCAAAGCGGUGUGUGUCGCUGGCCGGCGGCAGACUGGAUCAGAUCCCGCCGAGGACACUUGAGGAAUGGCCUCCGAAAGAGAUGGAUCCAACACAACCAGGAAUCUGACCAACCAGUUUGUGCAGCCGGCGUGGCGCAUCGCGCUCUGGUCGGUGGCUUACAGCACGGUACUGGCCGUGGCGGUUUUGGGGAAUUUGAUUGUGAUUUGGAUUAUCCUGGCUCACAAGCGCAUGAGGACCGUCACCAACUACUUCCUACUGAACCUGGCUUUCUCUGAUGUCUCGAUGGCGGCGUUCAACACGCUCAUCAACUUCAUUUACGCGGCCCACGGAGAGUGGUACUUCGGGGAAGUGUACUGCAGGUUUCAUAACUUCUUCCCUGUCACCGCUGUGUUUGCCAGCAUCUACUCCAUGACCGCGAUAGCCCUGGACAGGUACAUGGCGAUCAUCCACCCCCUGAAGCCUCGCCUGUCUGCCAAAGCCACAAUGGGAGUCAUCGUCUGUAUAUGGAGUCUAGCCGUGGUCCUGGCCUUCCCCCUCUGCUACUUCUCCACCAUUCGAACCUUGCCCCGCAGGACCCUCUGCUACGUGGCCUGGCCCCGCAUGGCAGACGACCCCUUCAUGUAUCACAUCAUAGUUACAGUGCUGGUCUACAUGCUGCCCUUAGUGGUGAUGUGCAUCACUUACACCAUCGUAGGGGUGACGCUGUGGGGAGGUGAGAUCCCUGGAGACUCGUCUGAUAACUAUCACGGACAGCUGCGGGCUAAGAGGAAGGUGGUGAAGAUGAUGAUCAUUGUAGUGGUGACCUUUGCCCUCUGCUGGCUGCCGUACCACAUCUACUUCAUUGUGGUGGGGAUCAACGUGCGCCUGAACAAGUGGAAGUACAUCCAGCAGGUUUACUUGUCGGUGCUGUGGCUGGCGAUGAGCUCCACCAUGUACAAUCCCAUCAUCUACUGCUGCCUCAACAGCAGGUUCCGGGCCGGUUUCAAGCAGGUUUUCCGCUGGUGUCCUUUCGUCCGGGUGUCGAGCUACGAUGAGCUGGAGCUCCGAAACACAAGACUUCGACCGUGUCACCAGAGCAGCAUGUGCACCCUCUCUCGAGUUGACACCAGCAUCCUGAGCAAAGACAAGAGCACUUGUUCUCGUGGUAACAGGCCUAAACCCAACUCUGAGCAGCAUAAUAAAGACAGCUGAAUGUUGCUUUGACAUAUACUUGCUGAGUUAAAUAAUUUACUGUAGUAGUGGCACUUUUGAGUUUCAGCAACACGUUCUGAGGAGGUUAUUAUCUCAGAUGUCCGUCACAUUGCAGUGUCCAUAAACAUGCAGAGAGUCUCCCCAUAGAAAUAAGAUUGUCCUCGUGCCUGUGCUUGUCUCUGGAUUCUGCGCACUUUUAAUUUGCCAAAAUGUAAACAGAAAAAGUUUAAGGAACAGACUGUGGCCUACAGCGCAGCACAGGUGUAGUCGGGUGACUGUGGAGAUUUAUUUUUAUUGUUUGUCCCACGUUAACCACAAUUGAAAUUUAAUCAGCUAAUCAGUGUAAAAGUCUGUGAUGUGAUAAGCGCAGUGUGGGGUGGGAGGUUUUUCUAACACUGACGUCCUAUUCUGAAUCUGAGUUAAAUGGGUCUCAGUGAGCUGAUGUGAGGUUAGUUUUGCAAGCUGUUUUUUUCUGUUAGUUUUUCUUGGUUGUGUGUGUUUUCACUUCCCUUUCUGUUGUUUUCUGGGCGUUGGUCGGCUGUCAGCGUAGAUCUCACGCCUCAUGCAUCAGUUGCUCAAGCAAGUGUUGCUUCCUCCCCAGCCUCACUGACAGGCUUGUUCAUGUGUGAACGGUGGGCAGGGACAGCCUCUGGCCCAGUGGCCAUAUUUGCUGCAGUUGUAACAUCUGCAUUCCUCAGAUGGAUGUCUUUGUGGUCCUUGGUCUGGGUACUGGUCUCGGCCAAUCUGUGGGGGAAAACCCCUGCUGGUGGACGACUGUGCCAGAGCCUGAAUGAGGUAGCUUUUGUCAAUGGGAUAGUGGAUGAGCUGAACUCUCCAUCACGUUGAUCUUGAGAAAGUAGGCUACCCAUAGAUCUAGGCAGAUCAUGGAUCAUGGGUGCUGUGGAGACAGUAGGUUGGACACCAUGCUGGUCAGGUCACGCCAUCCAGGGUCUUCUGGUUGGUGGAAUAGGUUUGUGUCUGAGAGACCAGCAUCGACAGAGGAGCUCACCUUUGUGGGCCUCUGCUUUGUUGUUGGUAGGUCAACAACAAACUGGAAAAAGACUAAAAUUGUUGUUUUAUCCCAUCUUUUUGACAAAUUACCUAAAACUCAGAUUUUUGGCACAAGCUGAAAAAUGCUCGCUGGUACAUAGAUUAACUCUACCAUUGCAUAUUUUUUUCUAAUUUUAAAUCACUUUUUAAUUUUUUUCUUUUAUGUAGGAGAGUGUUUCAGGACUUUUACUUCUGACCUGUUUGAGAAUUUGUUUUUGUCUGGAUCCUCUUCCGCUCAACUGCCUCUCGUCUCUGACGAAUUUUGUCGAGGUAGAGGUGUCAGGUCGUCACCUUCAGACGGUGCGACGGUCCGGUCCAAGACUCGAGGAGGAUCCCGUUUGUGAUGCCAAGUUUGUCAUCAAAAAAUUCAACAAGUGAGGGCUGUUGAGAAGUUAGCAAUGAUUCAGACUCAGUGAUUACUUUUUUUUUAGUUUAUUGGCAAAUGCCAAUAAACUGUGCAAAAGGAGACAUGCACACAGAGCGAAACCCUGUGUGCAGGUCGCACCUUGAAAGUGCAGUAUAGUGUUUUAGUGAACUUAUGCUGACUUGUAUGAACUCUAAAAGGUCAAAUGCAAUCAGAGAGAAAUAAAAAUAAAAAUGUAAUUUUCCAUUACAAAGUUAUAUCGGUUGCUAUUUUCCAAAAUGCUGCUGCUGCUGUUGUACUUGUGCAAACAAGGAAAGUGAUGCAUGGCAAUCCCAAAAAGGUUCAAGAAAGGAUUAAUGUAAAUAUGGCUUGGUAACACUGGUGUCUCAAUAAAGUGUUGAGCAUUAUGAAGAUUAAAUAUGUCAUGGUUGUCUAUAGGGAUAUUACAUCCCUAUUUAUGUACUGUACAUUCCUGAGCUUUAGUUCAUUCCAGUCAAAUAUCAAUAUAUUACAGUAAGUAAAUCACAAAUCCUACAGUAUAAGCUGCUUAAAUAUUUUGCGAUUAUAUUUAUUUAAUGUAAAACUCAGCAUUGUAUUGAAUUAUGUAUUAGUAUUUAUUUAAAUGCUGUAUGUAAAGGCACUGGAUUGUUACGCUGAGGAUCUGAUCAGCGUCAGUGUUGCAACAUUAAAUAUAUUGUAGACGUUAAAACAAAGCUGGCUGGAUGAAUGUGCAUUCACAAGUGCUUGUUGGUGUAACUCCUGUUAGUUGGAGGGAAAAGUGCCAUUUUAAACUGUACUUCUUGGGACUGUUAUUAAUGCUACUGCUACUGUGAUUUUUCUGCAUCGCUCUGAUGAAACAGUGUUCGUUGGUCACAUUACACACAGAGACUGUCUAAUAGAAUCCAUCUAAUCUAAUUAUAUUUAGUCUUUACUGUGAAUUUGUGUCGUGUUGUGAUGAAAAUGAAAUUUAGAGCUCAGAUUUUCUGUGUGUGCUCAUCCAUUUCACUUGAAUGUAACGGUGAGUGUUAAGUGGAUGUUGUUCUACAAAGACUCGGUGACGUUUGUAUGUCUGAGACAACUGUAACGUGAAAGAACAAACUGAUAAACUGAGCGUGAUACAUUUUGUUCUGGUGUUUAUUUCAUAUGGAUACAAAGACAACAGGUUUAAACAGCAGGUACACACCAGUGGUACAAUGACAUAUACAACAACAGCUUAAGCAUCAUGAUCUGGUUGUGUGGUUGAGAGAAUUACUCGGCGACAGAAGU